UUUAUUAAUUUUUGACGUUCGAUUUUGUAAAUUUGACGGAUUCGUUUGUAAAGGUGUUGACUUUAACGGGAACCCGGGCACCGGGAAACGGUGCCUCACGCGCAUGCCUAUGUAGUCGCUAGCAUACCCGAGUCCGGACGGUUUGUGUUUUAUGGUUUUAGUUUCGUUUAUGCUGGGAAACUGCGGAAAAUCGUGAAAACUGUCGAAAGGGGAGAUUCGUUCGAAGAGGAUUUCCAAUCGAGAGUCGGGACAUGGCGUCGGAAGAAGAAGUCGAGGAUUGUAUGCCCGAAGAGGAAGUCGAAGGAGGAGUAGAAUUGGAGGAAACUGGUGCCAACUCCCCUGAAAGUGAUGCAAGAAGUAGGAAUGAGGACCCUGAUGAUGACUACUACCCAGAAGAUGGUAAGAAGAAGAAAGGCAAGAAAAGAAAAGCGAAAGGAGAGAGUAAGAAAGAGAAGAAAAAAAAGAAACGGAAGAAGAAUGACAGCGCUGAUGAGAGUGAAGGACCAAUUGACGAAGAGGGAAAUGACUCUGAUUAUGGGAAAAAAUCAAGGAAAUCUAGGGGGAGUACAACUCCUAUGCCAAAGCCUGCUACCCCAGUGCAACAGGACACAUCUGGGGCAGGUGUACCUUCAGUGCAGGAAGUCUGCAACCUUUUUGGUCUGACGGACGUUGACAUCGAAUACACCGAAGAGGAUUAUUUAAAUUUGACAACGUACAAGCUCUUUCAGCAGCACGUGCGGCCUCUUUUGGCCAAGGACAAUCCAAAAGUCCCGAUAGGGAAAAUGAUGAUGCUGGUUGCCGCAAAAUGGAGAGAUUUCUGUAAUUCGAAUCCAAACACUGAGCCGCCCGAGCAAGAACAGGAGAUGGAGGCUGAAAGCGAAUAUACAAAGCCGAGCAGGAGUGCUCGAGCAGCCAAGGUCUGUCAGAAUGACGAAAUGGAGGAAGAUGAUGAUGUCGAAGAGAAAGGCAAGAAAAAAAGGAGUGGGAGAAAGAAAUCAUCUGGAAAAAAAUCAGCUCCUCCUGCAAACACAAAAGUACCUACUCUUAAAAUUAAGAUAGGAAAAAGAAAACAAAAUUCUGAUGAAGAAGAUGAAGGUUCUGCACCUGCUUCUGAGCGAGACUCAGAUGCAGAAUUUGAACAAAUGCUCGCAGAAGCCGAGGAAGUAAAUAAAACCGAAUCCGCUGAAGGCGAACCCCAAGAGGAAGAGCCAGUAGUGCCUAAGAAAAAAGCAAAGACAAAAAUUGGCAAUAAAACUAAGAAAAAGAAAAAGACGAGGACUACUAGUAAAUUUCCAGAUAGUGAAGGCGGAUAUGAGACGGAUCAUCAAGAUUAUUGUGAAGUUUGCCAGCAAGGAGGAGAAAUUAUUCUUUGUGACACGUGUCCAAGGGCUUAUCAUUUGGUUUGUCUCGAUCCUGAGCUUGAAGACACACCUGAAGGUAAAUGGUCGUGCCCACAUUGCGAAGGAGAGGGUAUUCAGGAAAAAGAAGACGACGUCCAUCAAGAAUUUUGCAGGGUUUGUAAGGAUGGUGGAGAGCUUCUUUGCUGUGAUUCAUGCCCCUCAGCAUACCACACAUUCUGUUUAAACCCUCCAUUAACUGAUAUACCUGAUGGGGAUUGGAAAUGUCCUCGGUGUUCGGCGAAACCACUCAGAGGAAAGGUUUCAAAAAUAUUAACAUGGCGAUGGGUCGAGUCUAAGACGAAGGAGGAAGACCUUCCUGAAAGCGCGAGAAAAAGGCCAAGGCCCAGAAUGAGGGAGUAUUUUGUCAAAUGGGCCGAUAUGUCAUACUGGCAUUGCAGUUGGGUCUCUGAGCUUCAAAUGGAUGUUUUCCAUACGCAAAUGAUUCGAAGUUACAUCCGUAAAUACGACAUGGACGACCCACCUAAGCUUGAAGAACCGCUCGACGAGGCGGACAAUCGGAUGAAGAGGAUCAGAGAGGCAAACAUCAACGAACAAGAAUUAGAAGAAAAAUAUUACAAGUAUGGCAUCAAACCAGAAUGGCUAAUCAUCCAAAGGAUAAUCAACAACAGAGUGACUCGUGACGGAACGAAUUUAUACCUCGUCAAAUGGAGAGAUCUUUCAUACGAUCAAGCUACAUGGGAAGAUGAAAAUGAAGACAUUCCCGGUUUGAAAAGAGCUGUGGAUUACUACCAGGAAAUGAAAUCAUUUUGUUUUAAUGAUGUAAAAAAGUCCAAGAAAGGCAAAGGUAAAAAGUCUAAAUCAAAAGAUCAAGAUGACGACGACCGUGCAAAUGGAAGACUUUUCAUCCCACCUCCUGAAAAGCCUUCGACUGACUUGAAGAAGAAAUUUGACAAACAGCCCGAUUACCUUGACGCGAGCGGUCUCUGCCUUCAUCCUUACCAGCUCGAGGGCUUAAACUGGCUUCGGUAUUCUUGGGGCCAAGGGACUGACACAAUUCUGGCCGAUGAAAUGGGUCUCGGAAAAACAAUCCAGACUAUUGCAUUUCUGUAUUCUCUUUACAAAGAGGGACACUGUAAAGGCCCAUUCUUGGUCAGUGUACCGCUGUCAACGAUAAUCAACUGGGAGAGGGAAUUUGAGACAUGGGCUCCUGAUUUCUACGUUGUAACUUAUGUCGGCGACAAAGAUUCUCGUGCAGUGAUCAGAGAGCAUGAGUUUUCCUUUGAAGAAGGUGCCAUCAUGAGAGGGAAAGCCUCAAAGCUUAGGUCCAACAACAUAAAAUUCCAUGUGCUUUUAACAUCUUACGAAUUGAUUUCAAUUGACGUGGCUUGCUUAGGGUCGAUAGAUUGGGCCGUGCUUGUUGUAGAUGAAGCACAUAGAUUAAAAAGCAACCAAAGCAAAUUUUUCAGGCUGUUGGCUUCUUAUACAAUCUCUUAUAAACUACUUUUGACUGGAACGCCUUUGCAGAAUAAUCUUGAGGAACUUUUCCAUUUAUUAAAUUUCUUGACACCAGAAAAGUUCAAUGAUCUUGCUACAUUCCAAAACGAAUUUGCUGAUAUUUCAAAAGAGGAGCAAGUAAAGCGUCUCCAUGAACUUUUAGGGUCGCAUAUGUUGCGUCGUCUUAAAGCCGAUGUGCUCAAGAACAUGCCGACAAAGUCCGAGUUUAUUGUCAGAGUGGAACUGUCUCCAAUGCAGAAAAAGUAUUACAAGUAUAUUUUGACGAGGAAUUACGAAGCGCUGAAUCCCAAAGGUGGUGGCCAGUCUGUUUCACUUUUAAACAUCAUGAUGGACUUGAAAAAAUGUUGCAACCACCCUUACCUCUUCCCCGCUGCUGCUCAAGAGGCCCCAUUAGGGCCAAAUGGCUCCUACGACCUCCAGGGCAUUAUUAAAGCUUCGGGAAAAUUAAUCCUUCUUUCAAAAAUGCUUAAGAAACUGAAAGAGGCAGGCCAUCGUGUACUUAUUUUCUCUCAGAUGACAAAAAUGCUCGAUAUACUUGAGGACUACCUGGACGGGGAGGGUUAUAAAUAUGAAAGAAUUGAUGGUGCGAUAACGGGAAAUCUUCGGCAAGAAGCAAUCGAUAGGUUUAACGCUCCUGGUGCGCCUCAAUUUGUUUUUCUUCUAUCAACAAGGGCUGGUGGUUUGGGUAUCAACUUGGCCACAGCCGAUACUGUCAUCAUUUAUGAUUCUGACUGGAAUCCACACAACGAUAUCCAAGCUUUCUCAAGAGCUCACAGGAUCGGUCAGGCUAAUAAGGUUAUGAUUUAUCGGUUUGUAACGCGUAAUUCAGUCGAAGAAAGGGUCACUCAAGUCGCUAAGAGGAAAAUGAUGUUGACCCAUUUAGUAGUGAGACCUGGAAUGGGUGGAAAACAAACUAAUUUCACAAAGCAAGAACUUGAUGAUAUUUUAAGGUUCGGUACAGAGGAGUUAUUCAAGGAAGAAGAGGGUAAAGAAGAUGAAGCUAUACAUUAUGACGAUAAAGCUGUGGAAGAUUUGCUAGAUAGGUCAAAAAUGGGAAUCGAACAAAAAGAAAACUGGUCUAACGAAUACUUAUCAUCGUUUAAAGUUGCUUCGUAUGUAACAAAAGAAGAAGAUGAGGACGAGGAAGAAGGAACAGAAGUGAUCAAACAGGAGGCUGAGAAUACAGACCCAGCAUAUUGGGUCAAGCUUCUCAGGCAUCAUUACGAGCAGCAACAAGAAGAUCUUUCGAGGACUCUAGGGAAAGGAAAGAGAGUACGAAAACAGAAGGUGAAUUAUAAUGACGGAGGGAUUGUGGACUCGAGGGAGAAUGCGGACUCCAGCUGGCAAGAGAAUCUGUCUGAUUACAAUUCAGAUUUCUCAGCACCUUCGGAUGAUGAUAAAGAAGACGAUGAUUUUGAUGAAAAGACUGAAGAUGGCAUCAAGAAAAAGAGGAGGCCAGAAAGGAGAGAGGAGAAAGACAGGCCGCUACCACCACUGCUUGCUCGCGUUGGCGGGAAUAUCGAGGUUCUUGGCUUCAAUGCAAGGCAACGUAAAGCAUUCCUUAAUGCUAUUAUGAGGUACGGUAUGCCACCUCAGGAUGCUUUCAACUCACAGUGGUGUUCCAGGUUGGUACGGGACCUGAGGGGCAAAUCGGAGAAACAUUUCAAGGCUUACGUGUCGUUGUUCAUGCGUCACCUUUGUGAGCCAGGCGCUGAUAACGCAGAGACGUUUGCCGACGGCGUUCCUAGAGAGGGCCUGUCGAGGCAGCACGUCCUUACAAGAAUAGGAGUUAUGUCUCUAAUUAGGAAAAAGGUUCAAGAGUUUGAGCACAUAAACGGCUUUUACUCCAUGCCAGAAAUUUUGAAGAAGCCGAUGUUAGAAGGAAUGAAGCCUCAGGGUAACAGCAGUAGUGUUGGUGAAGGCGCGAGCAGUAGUGGAACGCCUGCUACAAGCGCUGCCCCGAGCCCCGCUCCCACGCUUACAGAAAAGUCUCAGGCAGAAGAUAUGCAGACGGAUAGAGAUGACAAACCAAAAGUAGAAGACUUGACUGUUAAGAACGAGGAAAAGAGUGAAAAAGAGGAAGAUGGCGAGAAGGCCAAAGUUGUUGAAGAAGAAAAGCAAGCACCGUUGGAAAUAAAAUCAGAGACGAUCAAGGAAGAACCGAAUGAAAACAAGGAGCCGGCUCCGGCUUCUAAAGAAAUGGAAGUAAGCGUCAAAGAAGAUCAACCGAUAGACCUAGUGUCUGACAAGGAUAAGUCAGAAGUAACAGAUCUUAGUGUCAAGAGUGAAAAGACGUCAGAUAAAGCCGAAGAGAAAAAAGACAAAGAAGGAGAAGAGAAAGAAGAUGGAAAGGAAGACAAAGAGAAAAGUGAUGACAGUGAUGACAAGGCCAAAGAUGCUGAUGAAGAUAAAUCUAAGAGAAAGUUUAUGUUCAACAUUGCCGACGGUGGUUUUACAGAACUUCAUACUCUUUGGCAGAAUGAAGAAAAGGCUGCAGUUCCUGGGAGAGAGUAUGAGAUUUGGCAUAGGAGGCACGAUUAUUGGCUGUUAGGUGGCAUUGUCACACACGGUUAUGGAAGAUGGCAAGAUAUUCAGAAUGACAUUAGGUUUGCCAUCAUCAACGAGCCGUUCAAAAUGGAUGUCGGGAAAGGGAAUUUCCUCGAGAUCAAGAACAAGUUCCUUGCGAGGCGUUUCAAGCUGUUGGAACAAGCUCUUGUGAUCGAGGAACAGUUGCGGAGAGCAGCCUACCUGAACCUCACGCAAGACCCGAACCAUCCUGCGAUGUCGCUGAACGCCAGGUUUGCUGAAGUCGAGUGUCUGGCCGAAUCGCACCAGCACCUUUCUAAAGAGAGCCUUGCUGGCAACAAACCCGCAAAUGCUGUAUUGCACAAAGUGCUGAAUCAACUCGAAGAACUUUUAUCCGAUAUGAAAUCUGAUGUUUCGAGAUUACCAGCGACACUGGCUCGAAUACCACCAGUUGCUCAACGCCUACAGAUGUCCGAAAGGUCAAUUUUGUCCAGGCUGGCGGCAACAUCUUCCCCAGCCACACCAACAACAUCACAUCAAACUGGCAUAAUCAGCAGCCAGUUCCCUGCAGGCUUCAACUCGGGCCAGCUCAGCGGAAAUUUUGCGAAUGCAAGUUUCACCAACUUCAGGCCCCAAUAUUCUGUACCUGGGCAAACGGCAACACCCCAAUCCUUCACAGGAAAUUGAUCUGAGGGCAUGCAAGGAUGUUGUUAAUUUGCAAUACUCUUGGAGUACUGUAGGUUUUUGUAAUAAAAAAAAUUGAACAAACAAACAAAAAACAUAUUUAAUUCAUGUUCAUAGCUGUUGAUUUGGGUUUUAGAUAUGUGCUAUAAUAAGAAAGAAAAGGGUGCAUAGCUUAAUUCAGUGCUGUUUUAAAUUUCCUAUUAGGAUUAUUUUUUAAAGUAUUAAGUUAAGAAUAUAUGUGAAUCAAUGAUAACACUCGUAUGAAUGGAAAACAUCUAUUAUUUAUUUUUCCUAUUAAAAGUUUUAAAAAACAAAUUAUAGGUUAAGGGGAUUCAAGAAAAAGAGGCUUUCUCCUUCUUUUUCCUUUCUAAAGGAUACAAUUUUUUUUUUCUU